GGUUCGGGCUCGUCUUCGAACUCCAGCAAGAAUCUCAGCCAUGUCCCCUGUAAAUUCUACAAACAAGGUAUCUGCCAGGCUGGAAACUCCUGUCCCUUCUCCCAUAACCUCGACGGUACUCUAGCAGCAGACAAGUUGCCUUGCAAAUACUUCCAGAAGGGCAAUUGCAAAUUCGGUCUUAAAUGUGCUUUGGCCCAUUUUCUCCCAGAC